CGGGGGAGCCCCCCGCCGUCCGCGUAACCACUCCUGGCGAGGUCGGGCCUUCCGAGGCCGAGCCCGGCUUGCACCGCAGCCGCCUGACGGGCCGUUCUGGGCCUGUCUGUGCCCCAGAGCUCCUCGAGUGGCUCCGUGAGAGGAUCAGUGAGGCCUGCAGCAUCUCCUGAAGAGCUGUGCGGGUGCCAUCCCAGCCGUCUCGAGGGGAGAUGGCUGCGAUGGCACCCGACCGAUGUGAAUGAGUGGCUAAAGGCGGAUGUGGGAGCGGUGGGGCCGAGCAGCAGGACACGAGGCAGUGGGCAGAAACCGGUGCACAGGGAGCUCACCUGAACACGAGGAGGAGCAGGCUGUCCCGAGAGGAUGUGCAGUCUCCCUGAGUGGAGAUGCUCAGGAGCAGGCUCUCUCUUCUGGAAGGCUGUCAGGAGCAACUAAACUGACAAAUGGAAGAAAUCAGUGUGGCUUAAAGAAAGGGUGUCAUUCUAAUGUGGAAGUCUAUUCCACUGAAUCUGCCAAUCAGGUUGAUACUAUUCAUAAUGGACUUGACCAUUGUGCAGCUUUGCUGAAGAAUAUCUUACAAAAGGAAGCUACAGGAAGGGAGACUGUUUGUAAACAACCUGGGAAAACAACUGCCUUUAAAUUUACUUCCAAGCCUUUGCUAACCAAAGGAAGUACUUCCAAGAAGAAAGGGUUAAAAAGAAUCAUUACUCCUGCCCCUGUCCAAAAAGAAAUUGUGGCAAUAUCAAAUAGAAAAGUUGCCUCAUCUACCACACCUUCUCCUGAGAAGGAACUUCCCAGUGCAGCACAGAAUCAGAUGGUUCAGUCAAUUCACGUGCCUUGCACUGAGCACUCUCCUGGGGCCUAUCAGAAACUGUAUGAGCACGUGCAAACUCAGAUGUCUCUGAUAACUGGCCAACCCCCACAGAAGAGUAAUGAAACUCCUGCUUUAACUCCUUCUCCUACCUCCAACCAGGGAUGUCAAAAUGUUGCAGCUUUGAAUUGUCAGUUACCUACCUCCACAUCAACACUGUCCCUGCAGCAUUCAGCUAAUCCCUUGUCCACUCAGUCAGGAGUUCCUGUAGACAGUGCCAGUGUGCCAGAGGUGGGAGGAUCUGUGGUUUGCCCAGUGGUUUCUGCUGCUCCUGCUGCACAAACACAGUCUGGAACUGCUGUUCCUGGUGUGAUGCCCUGUACAGCACUGGGAGCAUCAACCCCUUCAGUGCCUGCAUUGGUCCCAACAUCUUCUGCCAGAGAGAUGGUCCCAAGCCAAGAGCAGCAGGUGAAAGAAGCAGAUUUGGUGCGGUGCAUACAAACCCUGCUACAAUCCCAUGAAAUGCUGAAUGGCAGGACUGCACAGAGGGGCCAGCAUCACUGUCCAGCAAAACAUGAUGGCUCGUGUGACACAGAGGAGGAUACUCCUGAGGAGCACAGUGAGGACAUGGUCAGUGAAGAAGAUGAGUUGGAUGUACUUGAUGUGUCUCCAGUGAAAGAUACAAGCUGUAAGACAAGUUGUGUGAAGAAAGCUCUAAAAUCUAGAAAAGAAAGUCUAGAAGAAACAGCCCAUAAAGUUAGGACUGUGAAGUAUCUUAUGGGUGAGCUCAGAGCACUGGUAACAGAUCAAGGUGACUCAGAAAUGCUGAGGUUGAUGAGUGAAGUAGAAGACUCGGUGUGCUUGCUCCCAGCUGUGGUGGGAAGCAGGAAUAUCCAAGCUGAAAUAGCUCUGGCCUUGCAGCCUCUGCGCAGUGAGAAUGCCCAGCUGCGCAGGAGACUAAGAAUAUUAAACCAGCAACAUAGGGAACAAGAAAGCAGUGAGAAGACAUCUGGACAAAGCUGCAACUAUGAAUUGGUUUCUUUGCAGUCCUUGAAUAUGAUGCUGCAGAGUCAAAUGAAGGAAUUGCAGAAAGGCCUUGAUUCACUGCAGGCUAAAAAUGAAGAACUGCUGAAAAUAAUAGAAAGUCAGAAAGAAGAAAAUAAGCAUCUUGCAAAAGGUAUUCAAGAUAAAGAAGAAGAAUUGCUAGAAAAGAAACAGCAUUAUGACAUUCAUUCCACCAAGCUCAAGAUUGAAGUGGAAGAGGCAUUAGGGACUGUGAAGAGCCUUCAGUUUAAGCUGGAAGCUGCAGAGAAAGAAAAUAAAAUUUUGGGCAUAACAUUACGUCAGCGUGAUGCAGAAGUUAAGAGACUGAGGGAAUUAACCAGAACCUUGCAGGGCAGCAUGGCCAAGCUUCUGUCUGACCUCACAGGGGACGGUGUUAGACCCAAACCUGAAAAAGCUCUCUCAAAGUCUCUUUUGGAAGACCACGAAAAGCAGAUGCAACCUGAGCCGUUUCCUGGGAGUACUUCAGUAAUGACUUACCUUAAAACGUUAGAAAUGGAUAAUAUUUGGAUAGAUACGGAUCUGCAGUUCUCAAAUAAAAUUGGAGAAGUAGAAAUGCAAAAUCUGUCCUAUGAAAAGUUUGCUGCUGAAGGAAGUAAAAUUAACAGUACAUUCACAGAAGAACAAACAUCAGCCCCCAGAGGACCAUCAGCUCCAUUGAAGCAAGAUGCAGAAACAGGGAGUGAUUCUGGAACUUUACUAGAUGACCAAACCAAGUUGGAUGAGACAAUUUAUAUUCCACUGACUAGCAGUGCCUCUAAAAAACAGCAGCCAGUCUCUGGAAGAAGUGGUGUGCUACCCCAGAGCAGAGGGGCUUGUCAGAGGCUGGAUUACCACUGUGAGCUCCCAAGCUCUGUGCAGCAGUAUGGGUGUGAGGAUCCAACUCUAGUGGAUAAAUUAAAUGCUGGGUACAAUGUGAAAAAGACUGUGGAAAACACACUUGAAGUUACAGGGGGUAAAGCAAAGCCAGAAGGAGACAAAGUCCAAGUGAGACCAAGAAGCAUUCCAAGUGGGGCUGCAAAAGAUUUCAUGGAUAAACCAGACCAGCCUCAGCCUGCUCCAUUGAUGCCAUUUCCAGCAGGGGUUUCUCAGAAAACAGGCAGUAGAGCAGCUGAUUUUAGCUGCAUUUCAUUUGAUGAUUUCUCAGGGAGGUCUGACUGGAGCGCAUCUUCCUUCUCAACAUUUACUUCUCGAGAUGAGGAGGACUUUAAAAACAGCUUAGCAGCCUUGGAUGCCAACAUAGCCAGGUUACAAAGGACUCUGCAAAGUAACAUUAGGAAACAAUGAGUAUGAGAAAGCAAAAUGGACUGCAGCUAUUUGGCUAAUUAAGUUUAAGUUUUUCUGAAGUAUAUUAAGUAUGGUACUGAUAUGUAUAUUUGUAUGGAACAGCUUGUUCCUAGCUGUCUCAAUUAUGGAUAGAAUUUGUUCCUCAUUAGGCUGUGGUGCUGUUCCCCUUGAUGUGUACAACUUGAAAUAACUGGCUUUCUAUAUAAAAUAGAAAUGGCCUUUUUAAUUAUUACUUAUUUUAUACUCUUUACUUGCAAAAUUAAAUGUACUUGUUUACUUGUGUUUUUUUUCCUUCCCCAAAGAACUGUUGUAAGGUGCUUCACAUGAGCAAGAGGUUCCACAGGUAGAGACCAGGGAGGAGCAAGUUACAGAGCAGUUCUGCAGGAAUGCUGAUAGUUACAGUUGCUAAGUCAGGAUUAUGCUAUUCCAAAAAUAAAGACAGCCAUCAAUAUGG